AUGGAACCAAUGACUCUAGGUUCUCCUGUCGGUAGUCCGAUGCAAAAUCCCGGUAGUCCGAGUGUUAAUCCAGCCUAUCUCCCAAGUUUUUUAUUAGGUGAAGCCACAACACCGGCAAGAAUAGGCACAUCAAAUAUAGCCGAUUCAUCGAGAUUUUCAAAUGUGGUCAGUUCAAACAUGCCAUCACCGAUACCCAGCUAUUCAACGCCAGAUUACCGUCACAAUAGACAAAAAGCUAUAUUUGCUAAUGUUACAAGUCCUGGAAGUCCUAGAGUGGGGAACGAAAAUCAUGCAGGCGGGCCACCAACUCGAGGUCUUUUUGAUUCUUUGGAAGUGACCCAAUCUUCGGAAGUAUACAAGAAUGCUGAAAAUUUAAGUUUAUCUCGGCAUCAAACUCGAAUGAAUAUGAGUAAUGUAAAUGAUUUAUUUUUUAUGGAUAAUAAUACGAGUGUUAAUAACGCCGAACCUUGUCAAGGACUUCUUAGAUGGAUUACUGUUUUUGGAUUUCCACCUGACACUUUAAAUACUGUUCUAUCUCAUAUAUCAAAUAGAGUUCGCAUUGUUGAUAAGCAUCCACCGCCACAUCCGCAAAGUAAUUGGAUUCAUCUGAAAUGUGCUACAGAACAAGAAGCUCAACGAGCACUUUUGUGCAAUGGCAAUAUUGUAUCAGGGUUAAUAAUGAUCGGCGUUGCGCCGUGCACUGAUGAAGGGGUUAUUUUAAAUCCGGAUAAAGAAAAUUGUAGUAAUUUAAAUCGAAGUAUGAGAGUUUUCUCAUCACCCACUAAAUUGAAUCAAAGUUCUGAUUAUAAUAGUGCGAUACGUUCUCCAAAAUUACAUAACGCUCGACCACUAGCUUCUGGUUAUAAUCAUCAUUUAAACUCUCAUUCUGUUCGAUCGCCAGAAAAUGUUCCACAGAAAGCUUCUGGUAUUGUUUCUAAAGCUAUGGAAUUAGUUUUUGGUUGGUAA